GUUUAGGUAUCCGUGGACGUUUGGCAGGAAGUAUGUUUGCAGGACUUCUCCUCUUUAUACCAGUUCUACUGGCUGAAGAUGUGGCAGUUUUAUUUUGUAGAAAGAAGAGUGUUUGCGUCUUAGAAGGAUUAUCUGUAAAAUUGUCCUGCGGUUUCACAAUCCAAGAUACCAGACGUAAAUUAAAAGAAUUCUACUGGUUUAACAACAACAACAGGAAGAAAUGGAAGGACACAACUAUUCCGGAGGAACUGAGUGAAGACCCAGAGUAUUAUGGUCGUUUGUUACAUGGUGCUGUUGGGGGUUUUAGUCAAUAUUCCCUAACUACUACGAUCAUAAAUUUGAGACCAAGUGACUCUGCUGAGUAUAAGUUUAGACUUAACACACAGAACUCAGGAUGGAAGAACAGCGAAUCUGGAACAACUGUUUUUGUCACAGGUCUGAAGGUGAUUAAGAAUUCGGACACUGUGAAAGAGGGACAAAAAGUAACACUGACCUGCAGUACCAUGUGUAUCCUGAGUAACAACCCCAACCUUACUUACAUCUGGUAUAAGAAUGGACGACGACUAACCAACCCAAAGACCCUGAAGACCAGCCUGUACCUAGACCCAUUCAGCAUUACGGAUUCUGGCAGUUACUCCUGUGCUGUAAAUGAUCUCUGUUCUCCUUCACUUUGUCUCCUGGAUAACUGUUGGGAUGUAAAAUACGCAAAGAAGACAAUCUGCGCCAUAACCGGGUCAUCUGUGGAUCUGCCUUGCACUUACACAUACCCCAGUGGUCAGACCAUCACACAGACUCUCUGGUCAAAAACUGUGGAUGCUAAAGGGAAGCCUGAAGCCCUGGAGUAUGGAGAUAGUGUGCAGUACCGUGGAGACAAGAAGACUGACUGCACCCUGAGAAUCACAGAGCUCACAGAGAGAGACUCAGCCAACUACAGUUUCAGAUUCAAAACACAACAUGGGAGCUACAAUGACCCAUUUCAGGUCACUCUGUCUGUCACAGAUGUAUUUGUAAAGGUUAGUCCUGACAUCGUCAUAGAGGGAGAGAAAGUCUGGAUCUCGUGCUCAACAUCCUGCAUUCUGAAGCAAAACUCUACUGACUACAUCUUCUACAAGGACAAACUUCGCCUACCUAGCCCUAACAGACACUGGGUCUUGUACCUUGACCCAGUCAGCAGUGAGGAUGCAGGCAGCUACUCCUGUGUAUUGGUUGGCCUCGAGAAUCAGCCCUCCCUUGGAGCUACACUCACUGUGAGAUAUCCUCCAAGGUCCACCACCGUGACGGUCAGCACAGAUCAGAAUAAAAUAGUGGAAGGCAGUUCAGUGACUCUGACCUGUAGCAGCGAUGCCAACCCACCAAUGGAGAAAUACACCUGGUACAAAAGGAACGGAACUAAAGUGAGCGUCUUACAUGGAGAAACAGAUAGUUACACCAUCCCCAGUGUCAGUCUUGGGUACAUUAACCAGUACUUCUGUGAGGCUAAGAAUGAGAUUGGUGCUCAGAACUCUACCUGGGACCUGACCACAGAUGAUAGACUAGUGAAUGUCUUGACUCCUGUACUGUGCAUUGUGGCUGUCCUGACUGCUGGAACUCUUCUCGUUCUCAGCUACUACACACUGAAACAGAGAAACCGCGGAGAAAGAGCUGAUACACCGAGAGUCCAUUAUGUCAGUAAUGAUGCCUCCAACUCCGCUGUGAGUGAGGAGGAGGGCGUAGAUACUCUCUACGCUCACCCUGAUGACUAUGAUGACAUACAGCGUGGCAUUGAUGAGUACGAUGACAUACAGGAUGACACCUACUCAGCCCUUCAGGGAGACUCUCGCCUCUCGAUGUACGAUUAUAUCCCAAAGAGAGAAUCACCAUAGAGCCUGAAGACCUACAGCACCAACCCAAAAAUAUGCCUUGCACCUUUUUUUGUCCUGCUAUCACAUUGGCCUGUCGGGGAUGUUUCCCACACAUUGAGCUAUAACCUUAGAGUUUAUGCUGAAGGUGAAUAUGAUUGCUGGAAUGUUUUGCCAUUGGCUAAUGCUAAUGCAAAUGGUGUUAUAUUGUUUGGUUUUUAGAGUUGAUUGUUGCUUACUACAAGAUGAGGUUGAAAGAAACAUAAUCAAAUCAUAUGCAUGUUUUCCUAUUCUUUACAGUGAGGGAAAUAUAUGAAAGUAUGCCAUUUAGUAAUUGCCACUUCAAUUACUGCUCAUGGUAAUUCUCUUUAAUCAUGGAUUGAUUAUUACAAAAUAGACGCUUGUAGAUAUAGCAAUUAAAAACAGCUAUUCUGAAAGCAAAGAUACAUAGGAAUAUAUCAGCAAUCAUGCAAAACUGUCAGUAUUGUUAAUAUAAUACUAAUAUUUAAGUAAAUUAAAUUCAUUAAAUGUUUGCUGUAUGACAA